AUGGCUCGUGUUACACGUAGCGCUGACCGCCUCAAAGGUGAACCGGGACAGAAAGGAGAGAAAGGUAAAGAGGGCAACCGCGGAUUAAUUGGUUUCCCAGGUUUCAAAGGAGAACAAGGUGUAUCCGGAAGACAAGGUCCCCCUGGUAUUCCAGGAAUUCCAGGAAAAGAUGGUAAAGAUGGAGCAGUCGGACCACCAGGUCAGAAAGGAGACCGAGGAGACAAAGGGACCAGAGGUCUUAUUGGUUUUACUGGCUACAAAGGCGAUAAAGGCAGCCAAGGUCCCCGCGGAGAACCUGGCUAUGGUCUCACUGGACCUCGAGGCCAGCCAGGAUAUCCGGGCCAAAAGGGAGAAAAAGGAUCGAAAGGCGAAACGGGUGAACGUGGUCCCAAAGGAGAUCGAGGCGGUCAGUAUUCCGUAUAUCACGCACAGCACGGAUAUAUUCUGCAAGAAUCCGUACAAAUUCUUCCACCCACGACGACAGUUAGACCUACUCCUCCAUUACCACCCAGACCUCGAGAGUGUGCCAUAAAAGUUUUUGGCAAGCCUGUCCAUCAACGCUACACUAACCAUAGCUGGGGGGCAUGGAUGCGGGACGCGACCCUUCAUCGUCAGAGGUACUGGUACACUCCAGAGUAUUACGGGAACUUGAUUUACGAGUACAAAGACCGCAACCAUUACAAAAACAAUAUUGCGGAUCACAUAUACGAUAUGGGUGAGCAUCAUUAUCAAGGUGUCGGGCAUUUGAUAUAUCGACGCUCCUUCUACUUCCAUUUAGCUCACACCUCCAAAGUGGCCCGAUAUUCACUUGCCGAACAGAAAGUUGUAUCAUCUAGCAAAAAUAUGCCAAAAGCAAUUAGCACAGGUGAACGUUCCUUGUAUUCAUUUCAAUACAACUACUUUGAUUUUGCUGUUGAUGAAAAUGGAAUUUGGGUUUUGUACGGUAAGAAUUCGUCCGAAGAGACAUUGAUAGUGGUUAAACUAGACGGUGACACUUUACAAAUACUUAAAAAAUGGGAGCUUCCGAUCAAACACCGAUCUUACGGAAACGCCUUCAUCGUGUGUGGAGUAUUGUAUUUAGUGCAAAGUGUAUCAAAACCGAAAACUAAAGUAGAGAUAGUUUACGAUUUGUAUGCUGAUGUGAAACUCUGUAAGGUAUUGGGUUUCUCAAACCCUUUCGGACAUAACUAUAUGAUAGCGUUCUACCACAAAAAGAUUUAUGGAUAUGACAACGGCAAUGAAAUAACGUAUCCUGUAUUGAUGUAUGAUCGCAAAGAACUUGAAACCCUAAUGAAAAGUUGUUAGUGUAAUUGUUAAUUUUUUUUUGGUUGUUGUUUAUUUUCAAACUAAAUUGUCUAUAUCAUAAGUAAGUUUGUGAGUAUGCACGUACUUAAAGAUGGAUGAAAACAUAUAUGAGCGUAUAUACUUAUGUACAUAUAUAUUACGUAUGUACGAGUAAUAUAUGUACGUAUGCAUGUAUAUAUGUUAUUAAUAUAUGUGCAUAUACCACUAAUGUAUAUAUGCUAUAGAAAUAAAUGGAUGUAUGUAAGUAUUAGACUACAGGUAUCAGUUUUCAAUUAAUAAGAGGCUUCUUGGUAUCGAGGAGUGCAGAUAGGAAUUGAAAUCAUAAAAAAAUAAUCAUGAUAAAAUUAAAGUAAUACGGACGACAAUGAUAAUUGCUAAUAUGAUAUAAAAUACAAUAACAAAUAAAUAAAUAUAUAACCUGGAAAAAAUGACAUGAAUGCGUGUAUGUAUAUAUAUAUAUAUAUAUAUAUAUACACGCACAUAUAUAUGUGAGUGUGUAUAUAUA